AUGAUCAAAAACACAACUCUUUAUCGACAUAUCCUAUGAAACGUGUUCGAUAUCCACAUGAUCGCAUUCAGGGGGUGUGGCGUGAACUCACUCCCAGGCACCCUGGUGUGCGUGUGUUGCGUGUGGGUGAGUAGUAAGGGGAGCGAGCGCUGCAUAGGGAAAGCGCACUCAACGCUCGCGCAGGCAGAGAGUGGGAAUAUAGUGCGCGGUGGCAUGGCUUCCUCUCACGGGAAAAGCGAACCCAGGUUCGCCGACUGGAUGGCAAAUUUACCGGAGAGCAUGCACAGCAUCCCGCUCACCAACCUGGCCAUUCCUGGUUCACAUGAUUCGUUCAGUUUCUACAUAGAUGAGUCCUCUCCGGUUGGUCCUGAGCAGACUGAUGCCGUCCAGAACUUUGUGUCCGUCUUCGGCACGGUGGCCAAGAAGCUGAUGCGCAAAUGGCUCGCCACUCAGACCAUGAACUUCUCCAGCCAGCUGGAGGCCGGCGUCCGCUUCUUUGACCUGCGCAUCUCCACCAAGCCCCGAGACCCAGACAACGAACUCUUCUUCGCUCACGGUCUCUUCAGCGCCACGGUGAGAGAAGGCCUGGAGCAGAUCAGUUCCUUUCUGUCGGCCCAUGCCAGAGAGGUGGUGUUCCUGGACUUUAACCACUUCUACGGGGUUCAGAACAUGCACCAUGAGAAGCUGGUCUCAAUGCUGAGGGAUGUGUUCGGGGAGAAACUCUGCCCUGUUGUCUUCGCUCAGGAGGUGAGUCUCCAGUACCUGUGGGAGAAUGAGUACCAGGUAUUGGUGUUCUAUCAUAGUCCUAUGGCCCUGGAGGUGCCCUUCCUGUGGCCGGGUCAGAUGAUGCCUGCUCCCUGGGCCAACACCACUGACCCUGACAAGCUGAUCCAGUUCCUCCAGGCCUCUGUGGCUGACCGCAGGAGGAAGGGAACAUUCUUUGUCUCCCAAGUGGUCCUGACACCUAAGGCCAGCACUGUCAUGAAAGGAGUGGCUAGCGGACUGAGGGAGACCAUUACAGAAAGGGCUCUUCCAAGUAUGAUGCUGUGGAUCCGUGCCCAGAGGCCGGGAGAGAGCGGCAUCAACAUCAUCACAGCUGACUUCGUAGAGCUGGGAGACUUCGUUAGUGCUGUCAUCACUCUCAACUACCAUAUGGAAGACGAGGAAGAAAACGCCACCUGAGACUGACGGGGUGGUUUAGAGUUCAAUCCUCAGCCAUGUGAGGCUACGUUCGCUCUCUCACUCUUUCUCUUUGGUGUUCAUUUUUAGGAAGAGAGGCGGUCUUCUGACUCUUCUAGGGCUACAGUAGUUG